CACAGCCGGUAGACGAUACUUGAGAACAGCUCGAGCGAGGCAGAAAUCAGGACUAAACCACUCAGAGACGCAUUUGGAUUAUUGCCUCACUGUUUCGGUGACGCUUUCCUACUGGAAUCUAUCAUUUGCAGUUUUAAUUGAGGCGUUUGGAUUUGCCUACUAUUGAUUAUUUGACAACAUCAUGACUCUGGAAGAAGUCGUUGGAUGCAAUAUUACUGAUAAAAAGAUGGAUGCUGUGAGUCAAGCCUUAGAGGAGCUGCUGGUAGCAGCGCAGAGACAAGACUGCCUUACUGUCGGCGUUUACGAAUCUGCAAAGCUAAUGAAUGUAGAUCCAGACAGUGUGGUUCUAUGUGUUCUGGCCACGGACGAAGAGGACGAGGACGAUAUCGCUCUUCAGAUUCAUUUCACCCUCCUGCAAGCUUUCUGCUGCGAGAACGACAUCAACAUCCUGCGCGUAUCCGGGCUGAGACGCCUGGCGCAGGUCAUCGGAGAGCCAAGCACCAAGGAGAGCAACAAUAACGCAGAACCUAGAGAUUUCCACUGCAUCCUUGUCAAUAAUCCUCAGUGCCAGCCACUCAAAUGUCAAGCGCUGAAGGACGUGGGGAACUACUGCGAUGAGAGCCGAUGCAGAAACCAGUGGGUGCCUUGCCUGUCACUGCACGAGCGCUGAAGCACGGCGAGAUCUGCGAUUGCGUGGAAAAUCAUACCAGAUUAUCUGUGAGGAGCGGAAAGAAAUGGGCGAGGGAGGCUUUUUCUUUUUACCGCUCUGUGUCAGCCACCGUUCAGCAAAGACGCUGGAGGAAACAGAAAGGAAAGUUCCUCGAGGCUGACGCUGGGCUUCUCGGCCCAGUUUCGUCCUCCGCUGUGAGGGAGCGUUGUUUUGCGGUGGUGAAGGAGGAGGAGGAGGAGGAGGAGGAGGAAGAGAGAGAUAACCGUAGGACCACGCGUUGUGUGUGUGUCAGGGUGCUAAGUGCCCGCAUGCGCUGUGCGUAGGAACGCGCGCACUCGGUUUUCCACGAGCCAUUGACAUAAACCGAGAGAGAAAGAGAUUGUAUGGCCUUGUAGAAACCUAACUGUCGGACACCUGCUGCUGGACUUAAUUGCUUAACAUUGCAAUUUCUCAUUUGUUGGACUAACAUCUUUAAAACAUAUUUAUGCUUAUAUAUAAACAUGUGGACUGCAGCUGCUAUUUUUAAUGACUGCAAGGAGGCCAGUGUUAGAAGACUAUAUGGACUAUGGACAUGUAUACUAUGAAAUGCAGUUUUGUAACUUAUUUCUUUUAACUUAAGAAGAGUAAUAUAUGUGCUUGAAGAUCAUGUGAAUGUCAGUGUUGUUUCAAUAAAAUAUUGUGUGAAAAUGUAA